UGAAAUAAAGACUCAUUCGGACGAGAGUUGUCAGUUGUCAGUCCAGUUCAGCUUCUACCAGGAGACUAAUUCGUGGAGAUUUUUUCAUUACUUUCCUUCUACAUACACACUUGUUAUUAGAAAUGGGAUUUCUCCUCACCAAGAUGAUGACCGUAUUUGGUAACAGAGAGCACAAAGUUAUUAUCGUUGGUCUGGACAACGCAGGCAAGACAACCAUCCUUUACCAAUUUGUGACAAAGGAAGCGGUUCACACGUCGCCAACGGUGGGCAGCAAUGUGGAGGAGAUAACGAUGAAGAACACACACUUUUUAGUGUGGGACAUUGGAGGCCAGACGAACCUUCGUAGCACUUGGUACUCCUACUACUCCAACGCUGAGAUUGUCAUCCUGGUGGUGGACAGCACGGACGCAGAGCGACUCAUACUCACCAAAGACGAGCUGCACCGAAUGCUCGCGCACGAGGACUUGCAGAGCGCUGCAAUUCUGGUUCUGGCCAACAAACAGGACGUGAAAGGCUCCAUGACGGUGACCGAGAUCUCGCGGCACCUCACGUUGGACGCCAUCACAACGCACAACUGGCACGUGCAGGCUUGCUGCGGUCUGACCGGCGAGGGACUCAAUGCCUGUCUGGACUGGAUGCAGUCGCAGGUGCUCGCCUCCUGAAGAUCCUGCCGGUUCUUAAUCAAAGGUUACAUCAGGAUUGCGUAACACUGAACAUUUCCUGCGACACUGUCUACCUCAGCUGAAUACGAUCGGCAUCCAAAAAAGGUGCGCCUCAUUCACGUCAGCGUAAAUUGAGAUUAUUCACCAUGUAAUUAUUUGUACAUGAAAGACUUGAUUGUUCUUUAUGCUCGACUUGAAGCAAGACUGAAAGUAUAGUCGUUUGGUUUUACUGUCUACUUUGUGCUGGGAGAGAAGCCAAGUAAUUUUGUACAUACAGUAUUUCUUGGAUUGUAUGCAAUAGAUUUCUAUUUUUUUUUAAGUAAAAUUAUUUGAAUGGAAAUCAGCAGGAAUUACUGGGAAUUAACUAAACUGGGUAUUUGUAAUGUUGGUGAUUAAUUUAUUUUUUGAAAUGAAAACAAUAGUCCAGCAAUAUAAUUUAAAGAUGGUUUAUAUCAGAGAAUAUUUUUACGCAAUUAUUUAUGAUACUGUAUAUAUUUAUUUAUAAACUGCAAUUUCUGAAGGAAUUCACCCAAUUUUAUAAUUAAAAAAAAUGUACUCUUUUGACCAUGUAGUUUAUAUAAUACAAUUAUGUUUUGACUUAAUAAUUGUAUUUUCCCAAAUAUAGAAAGCUUAUUUUCUCGCUGGUUGGUAUGAAAUGUCAGCCAUGUUGUAGCAUUACAUUACAGAGGAAAAAAAACACAUUGUGGAUCAUUAUCUGCGUGGUUUCCUUUUUCCGAACGUUUUCAAGGGUUUUUGACUUCACAUGUGCUGUGAUAAAUAAAUAUCUGAGUUUGUA